AGAGGCUGCAGAGAGAAUUUAGGAAACGUGGUCCAUCGGCGGCGUUCUGUGAUGUCGGGUGACGACGUGCUACUACAGUGUGAAUUACGCUCCAACCUGGCGGCGCCACGCUGGACUCUGAAUGGCAGAGAUCUCCAGGGGUACGACCUGAAUUCGGGCUACCGCAUCGGCACAGACGGCCUCCUCAUAAUCGGCGCUCGUGCCCAGCAGAGCGGCUCCUAUCGCUGCUUUGCCGUGGAGAACUCGGUCUCAGUGCUGGUUUAUCUUUACACAGUCCAGGUGCACACAGACCUGUACUACCCCGUGGAGCCCACAGCCACCACCAACCCCACCACAGUCUCCAGCCCAACAGUUUUCUCCGCCAGCGGCCCCACCGAGCAGCCCCUGCCCUCGCCUCCCGCCCCGCUGCCUCCAGGACCUGCGUUCCAGACCUACAGACACAUGGAGGCCGUGUACAUUUCCCUGGUGGCGGUGCUCGGAGGGCUUUGCCUGGUGUUGAGCGUGGUGCUGCUCUAUGUGAGCUUCUGCACCAGACGGGCCUCCAGGGGCCGAAAGUUUUCCGAGCAAGAGCUGCAGGUCCUGGGCGCCUCCGAGAGAAAAAGGAGCUCCCAUUUUGAACUUAAAACCAUUUCCAGCCACUGCAACGGCCGCCAGGCGCGUCAGUCCAUCUCGAUGCCAAACUUUGCGGACAUCGGCGAUGGUUUCCUCCAGAUAGUUCCAGGUCAGGGCCACAUGUCUCCGACAAAAACGCCUCCUCCGGCUCCUCCUCUUCCGAUGCCACCUCCACUUCCCAACAUGGACUACGCCAACGGUCUGUCGGCCACUCUGCCCAGCGUGCUGAGGAAGAUGAACGGGAACAGCUAUGUGCUGCUGCGGCAGGCCGACCACGAGGGCAUGUCGCCGCUCUACCACUCCUUCACAGAGGAGCUCAACAGGAUCCUGGAGCAGAGGAAACACACACAACUGGACCUGGAGCCUGACGAGAGCUCCAUCUAGGACGUCCCUCUCAGUCUUUGUCCCACAAGUUAUUUAUUUUUACCCCAACGUUGACCCGUAGUCGUGGGGAGAACUGACUGGAUGAAACGCUGCUGUCGGAGCACCUGAGGUUGGUGUCCUCCCCCGAUCUGAAGCGACGAAUGGCCCCAUGAUUUCACUUCAACAAUGGACAACAUUAACCAGAGAUUGAUCUUCGAUUUGGCCAAAGACGACAGCUCAACAAAUAACCAUGAGGAAGUAAUGCUGCUUAGUCGCUUCACACAAAGCUGCGAAAUGGAGCAAAGGUUAAAAAAUAAACACGGUCAGGAGGAGAUCACUUCUUCUUGAGCCUGUGGAAGUGCUCGGGACGUUUUUUGGUGUCAUUUAACGUUAACCCUCUAUGGAGCGUGAAGUAACACUUCCUCGUAACGUGCCUGAUCCCGUGUGUCGCAAUGAGGACGUUCCUGUUUUUGUCCAUUUGUUGUGGUUCCUCUGUCUGGAGGAAGAAAAGCUUGACUCAUCCGCAGUCGCAGGACUGGACUCAGAUUCUCAGAGUCCUUAUCGUCUGAUGGUCAUAAUAACUUGAUUGAGCUGGAUUUUUUUUCCCCUCGAUGUCGGACGUCCAGGGUUUUUUUAUGCGAAAGAAUAAUGUAUGGCAACGUGUACGAACUGUUACUCAAUCCAAAACAAGAAAUAAAACACUGACGGCCAACUCGCCACAUCUGACAACAGUGCUGACCGUUGCUUCUUAAAAAUUGACUAAUCCCCCAAAGUGCGACAACAGCAAAUUAAAGAACACAAUGGCAAAACAAAAGCAAAUACGAAAAUAUGACGAAUCAAGCUCACACGACGCCGGUUUAACAAAAACACGACGACAACUCUGAAAAACAGUAAACCACUUCUGCAAAUCGUCCAAUCAGCAUCAGUCCUUAUCAAUAAGAGCUACACAGAAGUUAAUCCUGUGUUUUCUGAUGUGUUGUUGACUCAUUUUCGUGAAUUCAGUCGGAUUAUGAGACUCGUUUUUCUGUGAAAGAGCAAAAACAGUUGUUUCAAUCCCACAGUGAAAUAUGGCUUUUAUGUGGAGCAUCACUUUGAGAGGGCAGUUCUGUUACCGUGCAUGACUCAUCACGUGUUGCAGUUUGUUCACACCGCUCUUCUCUCGUCUUUUAUUCACAGUUGCCGCAGUGAGUAGAAAUGUGUUGUGUCAGUUCCAGUAGAGGUUCUGGAAGUAAAUUUUCUCAAUUGACGUAUCAGAAAAUCCUUUCCUGAGUCUGGAACCAGCUACAAGAUGAAUCGUGACUUUAAACAUUCGAUUUGGAGCAAAUGAAAAAAGGGCAAAGGUACAAGACUGUGAACAUAAUGACUUAAAGGGUUAAAGGAACUACGCAUCCCAUAAACCAUUGCGAACAAUUCCUUUUCAACAACUUCCACUGCUUCUUCCUGAAUUUAACCGUGUUUGUAGUGAUCUUCAUCUCUCCGGACUCUACGGAACCAUCCGAUACACAUGGUUAGCAUGGUGAUAAACAUUUCCAUGGGAAUGUCGAGCUCCACCCGUCAGAGACGUCACUAUUACAACUGAGGAUUGUGGGUAGUGUAGUUCUUCUCUUUGACAUUGCAAAUGAAACACGGUCGAUAUCAUACGGACUUGUGGUUUCUUCAGGAGGAUAUAAUAUCGUUUCAGUCUUGUAGCUUCUGCUGAGUCUACUUUGGAUGGUUAAAAUAUUACGGAUGAUAAUUAAAACCUGGAUUUUCAGCUCUAAACGAUGAACGGUUUAUGGCAACUUGAAUAGUUAAAAAUGGCGGUUUGAGGUCAGGUGGAUUGAAUUCGCCGAAGUUCUCAGUAGAUCAGGAGACGGAGAGGAAGCCACGACACGCUGACAACAAGAAUACACUUUGCUACUUGCUAUUUUUAUAUUUAAACACGUAAACAUAUUGUGUCUUUUUCAGACUGACGUCCUGUUUCUGGACGAUUUUUCAUUACACCUUUCAGAUUUUCCCCCCGAGACAGAAAGAUGACACUUAUAUUUCCGGGCGCUGGAUUCUUUCAGAACAUUAUGUUACAAAAGAAGAGAAUAAAUGGAAAUGACAGAUUUGUUUGUCCUCUGCCGGUGGCAAGUUUCCCAACCAGCGAGGAGAGGACCUUCACAAAAGCCUCCUCAGUGUUUACCUGACAUCAGAGCAAUGUUAAAACAACGCAAACUGCAGAGCGGACAGAAUUUCUCUGGCAAGACAAACAGCGCUGUGAUUAAAUACAGAUAUAACGUGGAGAGAAGUGGCUGAAAUGAAUCUCUGCGUAAUUUGUAAACGUGUCACGGCCAAAUAAGAAUCCGUCUUUGCAGCAAAGCCUUGAAUCAGCUCUUGCAGCGGCAGCGGCGGCUCGGCAGCAGCAGGCCUCUCCGGUGACUCACAGCGUGCAUCUGUCAGGGAGGCGCUGACAGUAACGGCAGCGUUUGGCUCACCUCCACCGGGAGAGGACGGGGGCGUCUGUCUGUUUGCAUGGGGCAAUGUCGUCUGUGCAGGUAGAGGAGGACGGGAAACACUUGACCUUCAUGUCCUGGUGAGACGUGGAGGAAUCGGACGAUGAUGAAACGAGGCAGUUUUCAGUGAUCCUCUAGUUUUUCCUUGAAAGCCACUUUAUUAUGAACCUGCACGGAUUCAUGAUGGAGGCGAUGCACUCCGGUGGUAAAUGUGCUGGUGUGGAUUGAGAAACCUAUGGUCGGCCUUUGUCAGCUUCACCUUGACUUCUGGUGUAUGAGGCUGUUUUUAAUUAAGUGAAGCAGCCGGUUGGAUAAGAGCUGAAACGUCUCUUUAAAGCAAAUUCAAACUUUAAACUUAACUUUUGGAUGUUUUUCAACAUUUUCUUGAUUUAUAAAUGAAUAAUUCAUGUUUCUUGAUGAAAAAAAUCAGACAAAUUUAGGGGACUGAUAUUUAUGAGUGCACAGAACCCUAAUAAGAAUCUGGAUCUAGUGGAUUUCAGGAGCAAAUAUGCAUUUUACUGAGUAUUUGUUUGUCCAUUCAUCAUUUGAUCAUGUAAGAGAGGAUUUAUUACAAAUAGAGAUUCUUUUUAAAAAUGUAUAAGCUUCAUUUCACCACUCGACUGCCAGAGAUGAUGUAGACACGGAAACAUCUUAUGAUCAGGAAGAUUAAACUUGAAGUAAAGUUUUCUACGCAGCUAAAUUAGCUUCAUUCACACAGUUAUAAUAAAUAUUUUCGUCUUGGCUGUAUCAUGCGGCAGAGUGUCCACUGCCACUGUCUUCACAUGUUCAGAGUGGAAAAGAAAGAAAGAGACUAUAUGCAGACGACCGACUUUUAUACGUGAAACUCUGUGAAACUCCGUGAAACUCCAUGAUACUCGAGACUAUACGCACUUCAGGCCAGAUGUGAAUAUUAUAUAUAAUUUAAAAAGGGUGAAAAAUGUCGAUUAUUGCUGCAAAUAUCUUUCCAACUCCAUCUCAAACGACAAACACGAUCUCGGACAUGUUUAGGCUUGUUUUUCUCCAAACAUUCUCAUCCCACUCGUUGCUCACAUGGAAAAGGGUUUAGAGUGAUCCUCAUCUUCAUUCCUCCUCUCUCUCCCUGUCCGCCUCCUCCUUUGUCUCCCCCAUCUCAUCACCCCUGCACCAUCACAGACUGCUCACAUUUACACUCACUCUCUCUCUCUCUCUCUCUCUCUCUCUCUCUCUCUCUCUCUUUCUCUCAAGGACCCUGCUGAGUUUACAAGUGAUGCCCCCUCAUCAAUUAGAGCUGGUUUUCAAAGAGCACUUGAGUUUGUGUUGGGGAAGGGACGGGAGAUUUUCUGCAUUAGUUCAACAUACAUUAAAUGAUUCUCAUGUUUCUAGAGAGACAUGAACUCUAGAGAAGGUCCACAUGCUUGGGUCUGGACUUUCUCCCGGGUUUGUCAAUGUGUUUACAAUAGUCAGUGGCUCUGCCCUGAAAACUGUACUCUGGACUUUUUAGGUAAACUCGGUAACGUGUCACCAGUUUAAAUUUCGUUUCUCUACACAAACCCUCAGCGGAGCACUUUGUUUUAGAACAUUCUGUGACGGUAUCGACAUCCUGCUGAUUCAAUAUGCAAGCUGCGCUAUAUUUUAUGUAGGUGUAGAUUAUUUCUUUAAGUGGUGGCCAAAGAAACCAGUGUAGUUUGCGAUUUGCACAGUUCUUACUUCAAAUAAUUUGUAGUACUCCCCUGUAAUCUGUGGCACUUUCCUUCAAGUUGGUUCUGUACAAUUUUCUGAUGUUGACAAUGAAGUAUAACGACUAUGUGAAAUUACUCCCUCGCUUCUUGUCUGUUGGUUCAAACCACCUGAGCUGUUUUUUUAUGUUGAAUCUUAUCAUCACGUCUUAUUUAUUUGUGUUCAUUAAACUUGCUCAUGUGCAGACUGGAAAAAAUGGUUUUGCGAUAUGUUCAUUGUCAACAGGGGGGGGGGGGAGUCAGGAAAUGAAGAAUCCGAACAUGUCCACACUGGAUCCCGUCCUCAAGACGAGCAGCGAGGCCACUGUCGUCCGCUGGGAACGGGGCUCACAGGAUCUAAUUUACAUACAUGUGUAACAGAGCGGAGGUAUAACAUAAGCUCAGGUGGGGACCGUUCUGAGAGCAGCGUUCACAGCUGGUAACUUAGCAACAGCAUCUUUAUUUAGAGCUUUUAAUGUCCUCGCUUGGGUCAAGCUGUGCGAGUUCCCAUUGGGGAGUGAGGGUGUGAUGAGAGAGCACGGUGGCUCUGAUACAUUUAACUGGUGUCGGAGAUAAAUGAAAAAAUCAAACGUGAGGUAGGAAUGAAAAAAAAAAACACAUCUUCACAUCGUUGGUCAUUUAACAAUUGAUCAUCAGGGGCUUUUAUUAGCACCCGAGUUUAAUUUCGCCCAAUCUGCUCACAGGAUUUACUGAUUAUUAAAGUUGAGCCACUUUUACGGUACUGUAUGUUUAUGCAGUGGUAUGAAGUAACUAUGUAUAGUUACUCAACCGCAGUACUGUAAUUAAGUACUUUUUUGGGUACUCUGUUACUCUACUUAAUUUCAGAGGCCGAUAUUUAUAUUUAUAUUAUUAUAUAUUAUCUGACAUUCAGAUAAGAUUCCAAAUGUAUAAAUGAAAUAUACUUUAUCAUAGAUUAAAAUACUGUAUAUAAAGUUAAAUAUAACAAUAUAUGCAGUAUUACACAAGCAGCCAGUUAUGCCACAAUCUGCCUCGUUGUAUUUGAACACAUCGCCCACCGGAGGAGAGUCAGUUUUCUGUUGCUGCAGAACACGGCUCCGUGCUCGAGGUCAAGAGUCGUCCGUCAAGUCAUCACACAAACAUCUGUCGUGUUCAUUUAACCUCUGGAUCAUUUAAAGGUUGUGCAGCGAGGAAACCUUUUCAGUAUAAAACUGUAAAAACAUGAAGGGCUCCCGUGUCAUCUAAAUAAAGAGCUGCUCAUUAUCAUCUGUAAAGUAUCUCAACAGCAGUGAAACCUAUUUAAAAAGGAAUAACGCAGACAGACUCACUGGAGACACUUGAGCUGUGUUGAUCUUAUCCUGACAAGCUGUUCAAACACACGUGGACAGGAAAUCUAUAUUUAAACACCAGUACCACAAUUUACUUUUAUUUCAUACAUAGUUGCAUCUGCUCUCCAGUUAUCUGCUUUU